GUUAUGAAAAUGUAGUCUGGAGUCUGGUACUAUCUAACGUGGAUCAGCAAAUAUUUGGGAUUGAUCUGUCAAUAGUGAAAAUCUGGGAGCUAAACUGAACUUUGGCCAAGGAAUCCUAUUUCUUCUCGAGUCAUGUGAACCCUUUCAAUCUUUCUUGUCUUCAUUCCUUAUUAGGGUUAGGGUUUUUAGCUUCCCCUGCCACUCCCCUUGUUUAUCUCUCGUGCUAUCCUCAGACCAAGCGCCAAGUUACUUCCUUUUCCCUCCCUUCUGGGUUAUUGGAGCAUUGGGAAUUUCGUUGUUCGUGAAUUUGUCUCUCUGUCGCUCGUUGAGCCUUCCCUUCUGUUUCUGGAUCUGAAUCUGUUGCGGGCCGUCAAUGGAAGCCAGGAAGAGAGGGAGGCCUGAAGCCAGCGGCAACUCUAAUGGUGGAUUCAAGAAAUCUAGACAAGGUCAGUCUCUCUUUCACUUCGGUGCUUUUCCUCUUUGUUAGUUGAGAUUGCGAAAGCUCCGGUUAGUUUCGACCUUAUUUUGGGCGUCCGGUGAAUUGUAAUUGCAGCAGAGAGUUAUGCCAAGUUAUUUUCAGUUUGUUUCUGCCUUCUUUUUUUUUUGUGCGAGGAACUGGAAGUCUGCUUUGAUAGAAUUUGUAGUUGCAGUAGUAUGUCUGUUUUCAGCUUAGGAAGUACUCUGCUUGUUUUGAUUCAUUCGUUUCUACAAAGAAACGGUAGAGAAACAGAUUUGUCUUGGAGUUUCCUGUUUCAUGAAGCAUUCAAUUCUUCAAUUUAAGUACCUCGACUAAUGGACUGUAGAAUUCGUGUUAGCAAUAGGAUCAUAUAGUCACUCUCAGUCGAAUCAUCGUGUAUUUAUGUAAGUGGUAUAGUGCUUGGAAUGUUGAUUUCUUUAUGAACGAAUGAAGUUGUUAGUACUAGAACUCUGCUAAGUUGAACUAUAAUAUCGUCUAGUUGAGAUUUAAAAAUCUUCCAGAACAUCAACUGAGAAAACCCAAUUAAUGUUUGUUAUCAGAAAUGGACUCGUUAUCAACCGGUGUAGGAAGCAAAUCGAAGCCAUGCACCAAAUUUUUCAGGUUCUAAUCUUUUCUCACCUAAAUAAUCGUCUUGGACUGCACAUUGUUGUAUCACCAGUUAGUACAAACUUCAAAUUUACUGCACUUAUGACUCAAGGUUUCUGCUUCUCUAAUGAAAUGGGUAUUAUACACUUACAGGUACAAGUUUGUAACUCUGACCGCAUCAAAUCAAGUUAACUAAUUGAAUUAGUUGGCACCUGUUUACUUGGAUAAUUAUAUCCGGACAAUAUAUUUGAUCACUAAGGAAGCUGUUCAUGCUUGAUUCAAAGUGAAAUUGUUGCCACAAAGGAUGUCAUGGAGAUGGGGUUAAUUGUAAAUUCUUCAAGUUUAAGUGCGUAAAUGUUACUAUUGAAUGCAAACUACUGGUAAGCUAAAUAUUAAGCAGUUUCUCAGGUAAGACGAAUCGCAUUUUGGUUAUAAAUUACAAAGUGUCUUUGCAGAAACUGUGGUUUUGCUGGUUUAACAGUAAUGCGUAUGUUUCUAAUCUUAAGAAAACUGAAUGUUUGUCGCACUCUUCUAUCAAGUAAGCAUUUAUCAUAUCAAGGAACUAGUCAAGUAUCAUUGUUUGGAACUAGUCAAGUAACCAUUUCAAUUUUUAAAAGUCUAAACCUUGCACCCUGAUUGAUUUCUGACCCCCAAGACUUGUAUGCUACACUUCCGACCUCUGUGCUUCUCUGUUUUGCUGAUUUCGCCACUUGUAUACUUCUGUUGCAGUACUAACGGGUGUCCAUUUGGUGAGAGCUGCCACUUCUUGCACUAUGUACCGGGUGGUUACAAUGCGGUCUCCCAAAUAAUGAAUCGGUCCUCCGCCCCUCCCAUGCCGAGGAAUAUCACUACCCCACCACCUAUGUCCUAUGGCAACACGCCUCCUGGUCCUCCCUAUGGUUCUUCUUCCUCCUCCCCUUCAAUCAAAAACCGCAUGUGUAACAAAUACAGCAGUGCAGAAGGGUGUAAAUAUGGCGACAAAUGCCAUUUCGCACAUGGUGAGUGGGAGCUUGGAAGGCCAGUUCCUCCAUCUCAUGACGAUCCUCGGAUGAUGGGUGGGCCUAUGCCUCCGAUGCAGGGGCGUAUGGGAGGGAUGCGAAUGGACCCACCACACCAACCUGGCCCGGUCCCCGGGUUUGGCGAUACAGCAACUACCAAAAUCAGUGUGGAUUCUUCCCUCGCGGGAGCCAUUAUUGGGAAAGGCGGCGUGAAUUCCAAGCAGAUAUGUCGGCAGACUGGCGUGAAGCUUUCGAUCAGGGACCACGAGACGGACCCCAACUUGAGGAACAUUGAGCUCGAUGGGACCCUCGAGCAGGUCGGCAGAGCUAGCGCAAUGGUGAGAGAGCUGAUCGGGAACGUUGGUCAUGGAGGUGGUGGGCAUGGGAGAGGAGGCCCAGGAGCUUCUGGAGAGAAGCAGCAUCCAGGUAGCAAUUACAAGACCAAGAUAUGUGAUAACUUUAACAAAGGGACUUGCAGUUUUGGUCAGAGAUGCCACUUUGCUCAUGGUGCUGCCGAGUUGCGGAACUCGGGUGCAGGAGGAGUGUGAAAAUUGUAAGUGUUUGUUGUUCCGGAUCUCUUUAGGAUAUGGCUAGUUUAGCUUGGCUGGUUGAGUUUGUGUGAAAGAGAGAGACAUGGGUGUAUUGGGGGAGCUCUGUUUUUGACUGUGUUAGGGGGAUAGAUAAUAUGUUAAGUGGAAGAGACAUGGUUGUUCAUACCAGCAUUCUUUUUAAACGUUUUUGUCUUCCCAUGUUUAAGCUAGUGCAUCGCAUCGUUAGUUAACUUCUUCAUUUGAUUGCUGGACGAACUUGUUUUUCAUUUUGGUGGCCUGGAAACUUGCUUGCAAAGUAGUAUUAAGUAGUCUGAUUGUAGGGAUGAGAAUCAGGUGCACAUAUCUCCGGAAUGGCAGUAGAACUUUAGAGCUUCUUGUUUUUGCGUGCAAAUGCAAUGCCAGAAUUGUGGGUCUUUUUUUUUUUUGGUUGUUGUUGCUAGUGGUUCCUGACAGCGGGAGCUUUUGCUACCUCCCAUGAACGUGAUAAGCUACAGUGAUUGAGUCCGAGCUAAUAUCGAUGAAAGUAUGAGGUUCUAAAUUUGGUCGAUCAUACUAAAUUCUAUGUGUUUAAAGAAUUUUUCUAUGUAUUUAAAGAAUUUUGUUGCCCAUCUUUUUCAAAGUGGGAUCCUGAUGCCCCUCUCAAGGGCUCCCUCCGCCACCGACCCUAACAGUAAUCCUAAUAGCCGAAUACAACCCUAACGAUAACUCUUAUCCCCUAACCCCUCAACCUUCCAUGUAAUCUCUAAUAAUAAUCAAUAAUUAUCCCACAAAAUUAUUAAAAGAAAGUAGGGUACAUGAUCCAGAAUUUAGAUUAGAGUGUUGUGUUCGUAUAUUUUUAUUGUUAUUAUAUCUUAAUAUCUUAAAUAUACUACUAGCAAUAUAAAAGGAUGGUUGGAUAAUAAUCUAUAAAUUUUAAAUUAAUAUUAAUAAAAUGAAAAAUUGACAAAAAAAAAAAAGAAAAAGAAAUGAGUACUAAGAAUAAAUGAUUUCCUUGUGCAGGUUUCUAAGAAUUCUUUUAUUUUUUUGUGUCUUUGCCAUUCGUGAUGUGCAGAUGCGAUAAGACGCAAUUUUUGUAAGUUUUGUAGUCCUGGGUUUUAUCCGGUAAAAUGUUAAAAUGUUAAUAAUAAAUAUAUUCCUAGUUGUGUCGUAACACGAAACAACUCCUUUAGUUAUAUAUAGCUUAUGUUUGGCCCAGCUUUUAGAAGUGCUUUUCGACUUCAAAAGCUGAAGAAGGGCCAAACACCUCUAAAAACUCGGCUUUUGAAAAGCGCUUUUGUAUAACAUAAAAGCAGAAGCUUCGGUUUGGAGCUUCUGCGAAAAACUGUUUUGAAAAUACAAAAUUAUCCUUACCAUAUUUUAAUUUUAUUUCAAAAAAUAUAAUUUUAUUUCAUUU